CAAGUGCAUUCAACCCCAAGUAUACUCUGUGAAUAGAUAAACACAUUGUCAUAUAUUUGUUGUUAUACAACGGCCAGUAACUGAUUGUGUUUGCGAGAGAACAGUUGUGACGUUAUAAAUAAAUAGAUCACAAUGCUGCCCCUACUCAUCCUAAUGCUGUUAGGAUCAGUCUACUCGGAGAACUGUUCAUACGUCUUCGAUGGAACAGCCUACGAAAGAUCAGCUAUCCUCACGAUCAAGGGUCUGCCAACGAACCUAGAAUUCAACCCAAUCAACAAAGACCUUCACUUCACAUUAAUCGAUCUAGAAAGUCUACAAAACGACAAUGUUCAAACUAAAAUGGAACAGUAUAUUUUAAGAGAAAAUAUGCCGAUUAAAAUUGAUAACGUGAAUGGUCAGGCUGCAGCCGUAGAUGUAAAAAACCAAAGAGUUUACAUAGCUACUGAUGAUGGACUUCAUUAUUUAAAUGCCAGUGAUAAAGCUCAGUUCAUUAGUCUCAAAGACGAGGACAUAGUACAGCUUUUCAAGCCACAUCACAAAGAUGAACUGUAUGCAGUUCUAUUUCCAGAAAAUGAAGUCUACAUAAUCGAUGUUAAGAGAAAUGAGAAAAGGAAAGUGGAAAAUGUACCCUGUGCCUUCAUACUAGCUGUGGAUGAUAAGGACAAUGUAUAUUACGAAUGCGAUUCCAAAUACGUUAAAGUUAUGUUGAAAGGUUUUCAAGAGCCGAUCGAAUUUGUUGGGAUUCAGAAGAAUUCUGCUAGAGCGGUGACUAUUGAUUUCUAUAAUAGGGUCGUUUUGGCUUCGAAUGAUGGACUGUACUUGUUGAGACCAGAUAAUGUGAUCCCAAUUAAGGUUAUGGACCUAGAUUACGUGCCUUCCGGUAUUUCGUUUGAUGAAGAUGAUUUCUUUGUGGCAACGAACGGUAUUAUUUAUAAAUACAGCUCAAGUGAUUGUGCGUAAUUUUAAUAAAUGUUUGUGGUUGGUU